AUGAAAAACUAAAUAACUGAAAAGGCCUCCAUAAAUGUGAGAUGUGAUAAAUGUAAUCGAAAAAACGAUCUCAUUGCUGAAUGUUGUGUUGUGACUUCACAUACACAUACUCUAAUUUGUUGUCAUCAAUGUGUUAAAGUUUUAGAAAAAUAAUAAAAAUUAUAUGUUGAAUAAAUAAAUGACAUUUUAUCAGAAUGCGAAUAAAUAAAAUAAUUCAUUAAAUGCAAUAAUUUAGUUGAGCUAAUAUCAAAUUCAAUUUUUGCAAAAACUUUAAAAAUGUCUAAGCCUCUAAUUGAGUUACUUAAAGAAUCGAAAGAAUUCCAAUAGAGCAGCAAUGUAAAUGGGAUAUAAUUUAAAAAUUAUUGUAAAUAGAGAACAAUUUACAAACAGUUAUUAGAAGAUCAUGCCAUUAAAGAUUCAAUUGAAAAAGCUUUUUAAAAUUAUAAAAGCACUAUCAGAUAAUACUUUUAUGAUGAAGAAAGUACCCUCUUUUUCUCUAUUACAAUUCCAUAGAGCAAAUAUAGCGUAUUAUAUUUUAAAGUACUAUCACAUUAUUUUCUAAUUUUAAAAUAUUUUACUCAAUUAGAAUAUUUAUCUCAAAUUGAUUAAGAAGCAGCCGAAAAUAUAGUAAUGGAUUAAUAUGAGCCAAGUAUUUAUGUUUCGAUUUAUGACCUAAAUAGCAAAACAAAUAUUUAUGAGGAGCUGUUAAUUUAAAAUUUAAACUUACAAUUUUUUAAUGAAGAAUUAAUUAAGUCAUACUUAUUCGAGUAAAAUAAAAUUAUCUAUAUCUGUAUAAAAGAUGAGUAUUAUGAAAUUCAUCUAUCUCCUAAAUAACCUCCGAAAUAGAUUAAUAAUAUAAAAUUUGAUGUUAUUAGUGACAACCUUAUAUAUUUGGGUUUGGAUACUUUGGUAAAAUUUGAUCCUAUUGAAUUUGAAAUUAUUUAAUAAAAAUAGAUUUUUGAGAGAAACUGGUAGGAUAAUCAAUUUUUGAUUUCUUAUGACAAAAAAAUACAUUCAUUUAUUAUGUAUUCUUGUCCUAUUUAAUAAGAAAAUGAAAUAUUCGAAAUAAUUCAACUUGAUUCUUUAAGAUGCACUAAAAGAAUAAUAUUCGCUAAUUAUGAUAGAUAUGAUUACAAUAGCUUUUCAUAUCAUAAUUCAUUCAACUAUUUAAUCAAUAUUAGUACUGUCGUGCUUUUUCGUGAAUCUCAUGCAAAAAAAAGUGGAUUUUUGAUACUCUUUAAUCUGCAAAGAAACAAAAUAAUUAGAAAAAUUCCAAUAGUUUAUUCUAAGUGGCUGGAAAAAUUGGAUUUUUUGAGAAAUCAAAGUAUAAUAUGUGUAAAAUAUAAAUGUGAUAAUUUACAUUUAUUUUAAAUUUCAACUGGAAGAAAUAUUCUUCAAUUUGAAUAAUUGUAAACCUACCCAAUUAUGCAAAACGAACAGCUUGCUGUCUGUAUAAAAUAAGAUAAUGUCAAAAUAUUAAAAUUAGCCUAAUGA